CGGCGCGGCCCAGCGGCAGUCUGUGCAAAUCGAGCAGCCUCCAAUUGAUCGCCCGGGCAGCCCCCGCGGUGGCAAAUCAUGGGCCUCAGGCCAUGGCUCGCCGCCCUGCUCCCGCUGAUCGGCGCCCAGACGCCGGCCCCGACGACUGGGCAUGAGUGCCCCCCACCGACAACCUUGGACUGCGCCGCGGGUUUAAGGCCGUCGCGCUUCGUCGCCCCCUCGCCGACGGGCGGCCUGCGGCCGGACUGCCCCGGCGCGGCGCGCUUCCUGCGGCCGGACCCCUUGACAGGGGCCGUCGUCGAGGUGUGCGCGAGCCACCCGAACGGGACGCAGGUCGAGCCCCGGGCUUUGCCGGUGAGGGACUGCGGCGAGGCUAGGAUUGGUGGCUUGGCUGCUUAUUUGGAGCAUGUGUACUACGCGUCCGGGAGCGGGGUGAGAAGGAUUACUGGUAAUCAAGAUAUCGAGAUCGCCGGCGCCGUCGGCGAGAUUGUUAUCAGGGGCGCGAAUUUCGGUGAAGAUUUGGAGUACCUCGAGAUCCGCGCGAAGCACUGCAAAUCGUUGAUAAGGAUAUCGUCCGAGGAGCUGCGAUGUCGCACCGGCGACCCUGGUUGGGUCGGGCCUAGAGCAUCACCUUUGGACCGGAAUUGUAUCGUGGCGAAGACGACGAAGGGCGGCGUUGGUGGCAGCACGGAGCCCUGGGCGUCGCGGUAUCGCGAGGCCGAACUUGGUGACCACGCGCCGCCGGCAAUUUUUGAUGUGGAGGUCUCAUUAUCUAUGGCGUUGCGGACGCGCGCUGUUGCCGUUGAUGGGGAUGGUUCUGUGUUUGCGUCGUCAUUGGGUUCUGAGGACGUCUUUGGUGGGAUCAUAAAAACGACCGAGACUGAUGUACAAGUGUUCUUGAGAGACGCGCCGCGGAUACUGGGGUUGCUAUUUGUGGCGGAUGAGAAGUGCGGUCUCUUGUACUACGCCGACGCGUCGCGACGGUUGAUUGGUAGAAGGUCUGCUUGUAAGGCUGGACGCGCGGGCGACGCGCACGAAACAAUUGUGAUGAAAAAUGUCGACGAGCCGCGCGGGUUGUCCCUGGACCCGUCUUCACCAAAUCAUCUGUACGCCGCUUCAUCAAAUGAUAUCAUCCGGAUAGACCUCGAGUCGGGCAAGACGGAUAUUGUUAUUAGGGGGCAAGCGCACGACGCGCCGGACGGCGUCUUGGUGUUGCCGCUUCCCGACAAUGCGCAAUUGAGAGGAGACCGGAGCCUGCGGCUGCUUUGGUUGGAUGCUAAUAGAGUAUCGGUAAGGGCCGCAACUACUGCGGGAACUCGCGCGCGCACGCUGAAAACACCACCAGAAGCUUUGCGCUUCCCGCGGGCCCUCUCACUGAAUACGGAUGGGAGGUUAUUGGUCGGCGAGUGGCUCGGGCGCAUCUGGUCAUUAUCUCAAAGCAUGAGGGACGGCGAGCUGCUCCGGCCCGACGCGUCGACGGCGGCCGCGGCGGGCGUCCGCGCGGCGGUUGAAAAUGAGGAGCUGAGGCGGUCGCGGCUCCAGCCGGCGCUGUAUACGCUGCUGAAGGUGUAAGGCAUUUAACUG